ACAGCAAAAGACAGCAAACAGCAAACAACAUCAAUCCAGCACUUAAUCGCAACAGAACAGAAAACAGGACAAAAGCAACAUCACAAAGAUCGCACAAUGGACGACGCACAAUGACGUAACCCUGUGCGAGUGCGCGGCGCCGAUCUGCACCGCCACCCAGUGCCCUGCACGGCUGUGCCACAGAUGUGCUGAACUGUGGCGCGGCCAUGACGUUUUUCGUUUUGUCGGCGCCGCCGUUCGUCGACUUUGAACUUCGCUGCUUUCUACCACGCUCCUCCUCCUCUUCUCUUCACCACCUCCUCUCCUUCUUCACCACCCUCCCUCUCCCUAUAUCCCUAUCUCUACCGCUCUCUCUUUUUCAUCAUAACCAUGCUCGCAUCAGACACCUCCUCCCGCAGGGCAACCUUCACCGACGAUCUCGUCGACCCCAGCGCUGCAACCCCCCGCUCAUCCACCUCCUCAACCUCCUCAAAGCCAAAGAGCAUCCUCAAAAACGGACCCUCCCAGUACCGCACCGCGAGCAUGACCUCCUCCGCUUCCACCACACGACGCCAAUCCUCCAUGGCCCAGCCCCCAUCGGCCCUCGCAAACCGCCCUAUGCGCUACGCAAAGGCCCACGAACUGCCGUCACACCCCUCCGUCGGUAUCGAUCUCUCAAAGUCAAACACCGCGGCCACCCUCGCUACAGACUCCCCCAUCCAAGUCAAGCCCAUCUACACCCCGCCGCCUCUCCACGCCCACGCCUCCCACGCGGCCGCCCGCUCGCACGCUUCCGGCCCGCAGUACGAAGAGUUCUGGCGGCCUGACCCCGCUGAAUCUGCCCGCCUCGCCCAGGCCCUCCAGAAGGACCGCCGCUUCACCAUCACCUCGGCCACCGGCUCUGGGGCCCCACAACAGCGCUCGCCCUCGCUCUACUCCCAGCGAGCGGCAAAGUCCAUCUUUGAGAACCCUCCUGCUCCUCCCCAGAAGCCCGCCCCGGCAACCGGCCACUACGCCCUUCCCGUCGGCCACCGUGAGACUCCCGCUCCCAACGUCGCUACUCUCGAGGACGCUGCCCGCAAGGCCGCUGCCGCUCGCAUUGCUCAGAUUGGUGUCGCUGCUCCGUCGCUCGUUCCCUCUCGCUCUACGCACGCCGACGCCGUCUCCGCCACUACCGGUGCUGCCACUGCCUCCAAGCGUGUUCUCCUCGAGCACCAGGCUCGUCUCGAGCGCGUGCGUGCGGCCCGCGAAAAGGAGCAGGCCGAGUUUGCCCACAAGCAUGAGGUCCUUGUUUCCGCUGCUCUGCGCAACGUCAACUCCAGCCUAGGCGCAAUCGAUAAGAACAUCCGUGAGACCACAAUAUGGGGCAACAAGGAGUUCACCGCCGCCGCUAUGGCCCACGCCGAGCAGAACAUCACCGGCAAGUACUCUGCCAACGUCGGCAAGGUCGAUCUCGGCGGUGGCCUCAUCAUGUCUCCCGAGGAAGUCCACGCCAUUGCUCAGCGACAUGUGCAGCCUGUUCUCGAUGAACUUCACGAAAAGGCCCUCGAGCAGCGCGAGAAGGAUGAGCUUGCCCGACAAGAGCGCGAGCGCAUUAAAGCCGAGAAGGCCGAGGAGAAGCGCAUCCGUGAUGAGGAGAAGGCCGAGCAGAAGCGCGUCCGCGAUGUUGAGAAGGCUGAGCAGAAGCGCAUUCGCGACGCUGAAAAGGCCGAGCAGAGACGUCUCAAGGAAGAAGCCAAGGCUGAAGAGCGUCGUCUCAAAGAAGAGGCCAAGGCCGCUGAGCGUGAACAAAAGGCUGCUGCCGCUGCUGAGGCCGCUCGAAUCGAAGAAGAGAGGGUCGCGAAGGUUGCUGCUGACAAGGCCGAAGCUGAGGCUGCCGCCGCUGCUACUGCUGCUGCUGCUACUACCGCUGCUGCCGGUGAGGAGACUGCCGAAGUCGCCGAGGGCGCGGUUGCUGAUGCUGCUACCGAGUCUCGAGAAGUUGAGGCCGUCGGUGAGACUGCUGUGACUACCGCUACCGAAGGCGAGGUCACUGCUGUUGAAGGUGAGACUUCAGAAAUCGCAAAGGAAACUGCUGAGGAAGCUGAUCCUGCGACCGCCGCAGCUGCCGUGGCUUCCGCGGUUGCCGCUGCGAAGGCUGCGGCUGAGGAAGCGACCACCUCCUCCACAUUAGGCGCGGCUGAGACCACUGAGUCUGCUACCGAGUCUGCUGCUGUCGAAUCUACUGCGGUCGAGGGUGAGACCGUUGCUGAUUCGACCGAGGACGCUGUUGUGGACAAGGAGGUUGACGCAACCUCGGUCUCCGAGUCUGACCUCGACGAGGCCACUGUCGAGACUGCUGCGGCUGUUCGCGUGCCCUCGUCAGAAGUCACCACUGUUGAAUCUAGCGCCAAAGAGGGAGAGACUGCUCCGACAUAUGAGCUUCUCACUGCCUCUCUUGAGAGUGAUGCGGCGGCUUCCACUACGGCUCUCGUGAAUGGUGUUGCCGGCGGUAAGGUUUCCGAGUCUGAGCCUACUGAGCUCGUGAGCGAAUCAGAAGAUGUUGCUACCAGCAUCACUCCUGCCGAGACCGCCCCUGUGGAGACUGAAACUGCCGAGAAGGAGACUAUUGUGCCUGUGGUGCCUGCGGUCGAAACCACUGACUCGACCGCCGCUGUUGAGGACGUUGCUGAGACAAAGGUCGAGCCUGUUGAGACCGAGGCUUCCAAGCCCGCAUCGUCCGUUGGAGAUGUCGAAGAGUCUACUGAUGGUGCUAUCUCGGACUCUGUUGCUACUGGUGAAACGGUCGAUGGUUCUAUUGAUGAGACCACUAAGGUUGAUGAGACCAAGACUACCCAUCAUGCUCUCGGCAGAUUCGGUGAGAUUCUGGCAAAUGCUGUUGAGGAUGCUAAGGCUGCCAGCACCUAGUAAUCAAUGCCAGUCAUUGUUUCGUGUUCUCGUUGUGUGAAUCAUCUAUAUUUAGU